AUGAGGUUGCGGUGCUCCAGGGCCUCCAACAGGGCGUUUGUUGCAAUUUGCUCCGCAAUCGCGGCGUUGUCAGCCGAGUCACACCUAGAAUCUUUCCACAUGGAUUCAGAGGGAUCGGGGCGAUGGCCUUGGCUCAUUUACGCGAUCUGUGGUGGAACGUCGGGUGUGGUUGUACCUUGUGUCGAGAUUCGGAAGGGAGCUUUGACGAAGACCGACAUUUUGGCCAUGCGCGCCGCACUUCGAGCAAACUAUCCGCAGCCAGCGUCAGAGGCGGAUCGUAACAGCUCCCAUCAGUAUGGUUUUGUCGAGAUCGAUGAACGAACAGAGCUGCGCCUCUCUGGGGCAUUUGAUGGGGAUGGUGGUUCGGUUUUGGUGGCCUGUGCAUGUCGCUGUCGAGCCCUAUUCGAUUCAAACGACAGUGAGUGGGUCAACCUCGUCGUCCCGGGAUAUGGUGCUUGUAAGGCAAAACUUGGCGACAGAGGCGUCCGAUUCGCUGCUGAUGCUGGGAGGCCUGCAUGCCUGGAGAAACGAUUGAAAGGAGCUCUGGAACUAUUCUAUGUCGAGUUCGAGACCCCGGGUGUGUUGAUAGAUGUGUUGGUGCUGGUCACGAGGGGCCUUUGCUCGCUGAAAUUAUACUUCAAAGCAGAGGACACUACAGCCGCGAGUCAUGUCGACCUUUGCACUCUGGCUAGGGCUUGCCCCAAUCUCCUGCAUCUCUGUCUCAGAUAUGCUACGGUGGUGGUGUCUGAACACGACGCAGCUCUGCGCCUUUGGUCUGUGAAGACGAUCGAGUUAGACGAAUGCUCCAACACGCUGGCUGAUCUUGUGGGGUGUUUGAGGGACCCCGAGUUACGAAUAGCUCGGGAGGUCGUCCAACUCAAGGUGACCCCGCGUAAGAAUGAAGUGUUUGUGGAGGAAGAAGUGCGCGAGUUGAUGACUCACGACGGCGAAUUUCCGCCUCUGGUCAAGGAAAAACUGCCUAGGAGUUCGAAGUCAGCCGUGAUCAGUGUCGUCACGGCCGCGAUUUGGAGCACGAAGCCAAUUUACGGCAUGGACUCGUAUAUUCUGAGCUUAAUCUUUGCAUUCGCUUCUACACCGACGCAGCGUUCCAUUGCGUAUAGGUUUUUGUAUUCCUGGAAUACAAAAUUAGUCUGGAACUCUUUCGCCUUGCAAGGAGAAGUGCGUAAUUUGGUGACUUAUGACCGCGAUUGCUUACCUCUGGUCAAGACGAAACUUAGGCUCGAUAUACUAGAAGUUGCAAUUUGGUUUGCAUUUGAAAGCUUCGACCUCAAUAUCGGAUUUUCGAUGAAGCUGCUGCGAGAAGCCGUCGAUCUGUUCACAAUAUCAGCUGCUUCGAAGUACUUUGAAGUACAAUAA